UACUUUUUCAAUCUUCAAUUCGUUCAGGCAACUCCUUUCACAGUUUCACGUGCGGGUCUCCCACCGUUUGGCCAAUCCUAAUAAUUGCGUAACUAUAUAUCGCUUAAACCUCUAUUAAUUAUGCAUAAGAUUAUAUAUAUACUCCUAUAUAUGCUUAAAUUAUAACACUCCGUAUGAUUUAUAUAUAUAUAUAUACAUAAUAAAAAGCAAUAAUAAAAAGCAAGAGGUUUACGCAAGAAAGUGCCUAUGAUGAAUACCAGUGAAGACGAAGCGACGAGAGAGCGGCCGGAGAAAUCGGCGCCUGGCGGCGGCGGUGGAACGAAACAUGAAAAUCAGAAGGUGGCGUUCUAUAAGCUAUUCUCAUUCGCUGACCGCCUGGAUAUCGCAUUGAUGAUCGCCGGAACGGUGGGCGCCGUCGCUUACGGUGUCACUCAGCCGCUGAUGACGGUGAUCUUCGGUCAACUGAUCAAUUCUUUCGGUACUGUGGCCUCUCCUCACGUCGUUCGUGUGAUCUCUAAGCUAUCCCUCAAGUUUGUGUACCUUGCUAUUGGCUCCGGCAUUGCUUCAUUUUUACAAAUGUCUUGUUGGGUGGUAACUGGAGAAAGGCAAGCUGCUAGAAUCAGAGGGCUUUAUCUGAGAGCAAUUCUAAGACAAGACAUUGCCUUCUUUGACACCGAAACUACCGCCGGAGAAGUUAUUGGCCGGAUGUCUGGUGAUACAAUUCUCAUUCAAGAAGCCAUGAGUGAUAAGGUUGGAAAGUUCAUCCAAUUUAUAUCAACAUUCAUUGGAGGAUUCAUCAUUGCUUUCACUAAAGGAUGGCUUCUUGCAUUAGUUUUGUGCUGUUGCAUUCCUGUUGUUGUGCUUGCUGCAGGAGUAAUGGCAUGGAUCAUGACUACAAUGUCAAGUCGAGGACAGUCCGCUUAUGCCAAAGCAGGGAAUGUGGUGGAACAGACUGUUGGAGGAAUUAGAACGGUUGCCUCUUUCAAUGGGGAAAAGCGGUCAAUCAACAAGUAUGACCGGGAACUGGAUGUUGCUUACAGAUGCACAGCAAAACAAGGGCUGGUUUCUGGUUUGGGACUUGGCGUUAUAUUGUUUGUUAUCUUUAGCAGUUAUGCAUUAGCUGUUUGGUAUGGAGCUAAAAUGAUAAUGCACCAUGGCUACAAAGGAGGAGACGUCAUCAAUGUCAUGAUAUCCAUCAUGAUGGGAGGAAUGGCACUAGGACAAACAUCUCCUUCGCUGAAUGCAUUUGCAUCAGGGCAAGCCGCAGCAUACAAAAUGUUUGAAACGAUAAGACGCAAACCGUCAAUUGAUGCAUCCGACACGAGUGGUGUCACUCUGGAAGACGUGAGGGGUGAGAUUGAGUUAAGAGAUGUGUACUUUAGGUACCCGGCAAGACCAGAUGUGCAAAUUUUUUCUGGUUUUUCACUACUCGUCCCAAGUGGCAAAACUGCAGCUUUGGUUGGGCAAAGUGGGAGUGGUAAGUCAACUGUUAUCAGUUUGCUGGAAAGGUUUUAUGAUCCCCAUGCUGGAGAAGUGCUACUAGACAACGUUAAUUUAAAGAGAUUCAAGCUCAAAUGGUUAAGAGAACAAAUGGGAUUAGUGAGCCAAGAGCCAAUCUUGUUUACAACAACUCUAAAAGAGAACAUAGCAUAUGGUAAAGAAAAUGCUACUGAGGCAGAGAUUAGAACAGCCAUAGAGCUAGCAAAUGCUGCCAAAUUUAUUGAUAAACUUCCUAAGGGGCUUGAUACCAUGGCUGGUGAACACGGGACUCAGUUAUCUGGUGGACAAAAGCAAAGAAUUGCAAUUGCUAGGGCAAUUCUAAAAAACCCUAAAAUUCUCCUCCUUGAUGAAGCUACAAGUGCUUUGGAUGCUGAAUCGGAACGAAUUGUGCAAGAAGCACUCGACAGAGUCAAGUCGAACAGGACGACCGUGGUUGUUGCCCAUCGUCUUACGACUAUUCGGAAUGCUGAUCUGAUUGCAGUUGUCCAAUCUGGCAAACUUGUGGAGCAAGGAACUCAUGACGAGUUGAUUGGAGAUCCAAAUGGGGCGUAUUCACAGCUUGUGAGAAUGCAGCAAGGGAGUAAUCAUGGUGGGAAGUUAAUGGAAGCGGAUGACGCUGCUGAAGCAGCAGAUAUCACUACAAUGGAUUCAGAUGAUAUUGUCCUGUCAUCAAGCAAGAGAUUAUCUGAAGUGAGAAGAUCAUUGAGCCAUGAAGGAUCAUCAAGGCACUCAUUCUCAUUCAACUUCCCGGUUCCUGGCCUAAUCAACAUUCAAGAAUCCGAAGUCGGCAAUGAUAAUCCGGACAAGAUGACACUGGAGAGAAGAAAAAGAGUUCCCAUUACCCGUCUCGUCUCCCUGAACAAACUAGAAUGGCCAUAUUUGGUGGUUGGGACAAUAGCUGCAGGAAUUCAUGGUGUGAUUUUCCCUGUUUUUGGGCUUCUGAUCUCUACGGCUAUCAAGAUUUUUUUUGAACCUAAACCGAUGCUGAAACAUGAUUCCCGGUUUUGGGCGAGCAUGUAUGUAUGCCUCGGCCUGGUUAGCUUGGUUGUUGCACCAAUCCAGAAUUUCUCCUUUGGAGUUGCAGGCGGGAAGUUGAUUAGAAGGAUUCGAUCACUGACAUUCAACAAAGUAGUCUACCAUGAAAUUGGCUGGUUUGAUGAACCUGCAAAUUCAAGUGGAGCGGUUGGGGCGAGAUUAUCAACUGAUGCUUCGACUAUAAGAAGCCUCGUGGGGGACGCAUUGGCAUUAAUUGUGCAAAACAUGGCUACUAUCUUGGCAGGAAUUAUUAUAGCCUUUGUCGCUAAUUGGAUGUUGGCAAUUAUCAUCCUUGCUUUGUUACCCUUGAUGGGGGUACAAGGAUAUUUCCAGAAUAAGUAUAACAAGGGAUUCAGUGCAGUUGCUAAGGUGAAGUAUGAAGAAGCAAGUCAGGUUGCAAAUGAUGCAGUUGGCAGUAUAAGAACGGUGGCUUCAUUCUGUGCAGAAGAAAAGGUGAUGUCUACGUAUAAGAAGAAAUGUGAAGGCCCCGUGAAGCAUGGUGUAAAAGUUGGACUUGUUAGCGGUGGAUGGAUGGGUUUUGGUUCAUUCAUACUCUACUUUACGUAUGCCGGCUGUUUCUACAUAGGAGCUAUUCUCAUUAAACACAAGCUGGCAACAUUUGCAGAACUCUUCAGGGUGUUCUUUGCAUUGACAAUGGCAGCUAUGGGAGUUUCCCAGGCCACUGGCUUAGCACCAGAUCUUAAUAAGGCCAAGGAUUCUGCAGCUUCUAUAUUCGACAUUCUUGAUAGAAGGCCCAAGAUUGACUCAAGCAGUGACCAAGGCGAAACUUUACCAGUUGUACGUGGAGAUAUUGAGCUGCGACAUGUGAGCUUCAAGUACCCUACCCGACCCAAUAUCCAAAUCUUCAAGGACUUAUGCCUAACAAUGCCUGCUGGAAAGACUUGUGCUCUUGUGGGGGAAAGUGGAAGUGGAAAAUCAACUGUGAUUAGCUUAAUAGAGAGGUUCUAUGAUCCUGACAGUGGGGAUAUCCUCUUGGAUGGGGUUUCUGUUAAGAAUCUUAAGCUAAGUUGGUUAAGGCAACAAAUGGGGUUGGUUAGUCAAGAACCAAUUUUGUUCAAUGAGUCGAUCCGUGACAAUAUAUCAUACGGCAAACACGGGGAGGCAAGUGAGGAAGAGAUUAUCGAGGCAGCAAAAUCAGCAAACGCUCACAACUUCAUUUCCUCGCUGCCCCAAGGCUACGACACGCCCGUGGGAGAACGUGGGGCCCAACUAUCAGGUGGUCAAAAGCAAAGGAUUGCCAUUGCGAGAGCAAUUUUGAAGGACCCAAAGAUCCUUCUGUUGGACGAGGCCACAAGCGCACUUGACACUGAAUCAGAACAUGUAGUGCAAGAGGCUUUGGACUGCGUUAUGGUUAGCCGGACCACGGUUGUGGUUGCUCAUAGAUUAGUGACAAUUAGAGGAGCCGACAUGAUUGCCGUUGUCAAGAAUGGGAUCGUUGCAGAGAAGGGAAGUCAUGACGUCCUUAUGAAUAUUGUAGAUGGGGUGUAUGCGUCCUUAGUUGCGCUUCACAUGAAAGCAACUUGAUACAUAUUGUCUUUUUCUUCAUCAAAUUUUUUUCUUUUCUUUUUUUACAUGAUCAAGAGGCAGUAUGUAUCACAUUGCAGCUAAGUGCAAUGAAGGAGGCAUAAACUAGUUUUAGAAUUUUAGGAGAUUUUCUUCUGUAGUCUAUAGGUUAUUGAAAUCUGACCAUUAUAGCAAAUUUGAUCAAGAUAUGUCCAUUUUUUCAUGAAUUAUCUCAAAGUCCCAUCAUUUUCAUUUUCUACUUAUAUUCAUUCAUUCCUUUAUUAUCUGAAUGGUUAGUAGUGGUACGUUAAUGUGG